CCCCUAACCCACCACUUCCUGGGGAACAUAUUGGCAGCCAAACAGAAUAUCUCUGGUGCUAUCUACCACUACGAAGAAGCUCUGAAGGCAGAUCCUAACAACCAGGACUUCCUCAAUAUGCUCAGAACUGUCAAAUGUUAUCAAAAAUAUCACCAAAACAAUCAAAACCCCGCCAGAAAGGAAAGUACGGGUCAACAGAAGUGUGGCCCUCCUGGUCAGCCCAAUAGUAAGGAGACGGAGAGCAGGAUUGUCUGCAAAGCUGAGCAUGGCAAGGAGACCUGUAUUCUGGAGACCAGGACCCGCAACCUUCCAGGACAGUGUCAGCAGUCCUGUGACAUGAAACCUGAGUGUAAAUGUCAGUGUCCAGAUACUUUGAUCCGUAAACUUGAGAAAGCAGUGGCAGAUGAGGCUAACGGCGCCCAAAUGUGCAUACACAAUACCAUGGACCCACAAGCCAAUAGUCCACUGAACAUGAUGUUUGAUCCAGAACUGGAGAUGGAGAAGAUAGGUCAGCUGUACAAAGACAUUGGGAUCUGUAAGAGUCCAGAGUGUGAAGAUCACAAUUUGAUGCAGCCUGCCAACUCCCGUCCACACAUCCGCCUGGAGAACAUCAACGGGUUGAUAACACAAAACCUGGUCUUCUCCGACUCUCCGUCAGAGGUCAAGGUCAGUCCAGAGGAAUGCAUCAUUUUUAAAGAUGGCAAGAAAUCAGAUGGUUGUGCACAGGAAAUAUUCAAGCCAAUGGCUGAUCAGCUUUCAGUUUUUCACCAAAAAUUUGAGGAAUUGGACAGAGCAACGUGUGACCACGCCAACACAGCAAGCAGUUCCUCCACCACAAACAACAACAAUAACAACAAUAAAAUAGAGAAAGACAAAAAGAAAGACAGCAUCAAAAGCAAUGACAGUAAAGUGCCUAAGAAAAACAAAGAAAAGCCCAUGCUUCAGCCAGUAUACCUCCAGUCAGACGACCCCAGCGACCUUGAGGAGGUCAUCAAUGCCGCCAUUGAACAGGUAGAAGAUGUCCAGCUUCCCGAUAUACCUGACAGUGAGCUACCAGACACCACCAAGCACAUAGUGGCCCGCAAAGCUUUGUCCAUUCCCACCUGGGAUGAAUGCCAGGAUCAUAAGAAAAUUGACUUUAAGAAAUUCACCAGUACCUGGCUGUCUGUAACUGCCAAAGGAAUAGAUCCUAAACAUCACGUGAACUUCUCUAAGAAGAUCCGCGGGGAGUGGGAGGAGCCCGUGUGUGAGAAGGACUUUGGUGCCAGUGCCCAGUCCCUGGACCACAUCAAGGGGAUUGCGGAGAGGAACAGUCUGGAGUACGCCGCAGAGACUGGCCUCAAGGAGGUGUUACAAUCUCUAGGAGAUGAUGAUGGGGAGCCAGGUGAAGUGGUGGGAACCAGGAUAGCCCAUGCUUUGAAGAAGAAUGGCACCUCAUGGGUGUUAGGCAACUUAGCUGCCCUCUACUGGAGAGUGGAAGGCAAUGCCAAACAUGCUGUGAACUGCCUGCGUAUGGCACUGAACACUGCUCCCAGAGACAUGAGGGACAUUUCACUGCUCAGUAUGGCCAAUGUUCUCUACAAGUCUGGUCGUCUGAAUGAUGCCAUUGUGGUAAUCAACAUGGCGCUGGAGACGUCUCCCAGGAUUGUUGUAAUCCACUUCACGCUGGCUAAUAUCUAUGCUGCCAAGGGUGACUGGCCCAAAGCUGUGAUGUUCUACGAGUCCACCCUGGGGCUACAGUCCUCCUUUGAACCCGCCAGAGACAGACUGAAGGCUAUACAGUGCAAGAAAAUACUGGAACACCCGGAAGAAUACAAACCAAAAGAGGAGGGAAAGAAGAAAAAGAAAGGAAAGUCAAAACCAAAGGACUAAUUGCUGCUAUUUACAUAAAUAUAGACUACUGACAUAUAAAUAAAAAUUUUUUGAUUACUGAAAGCUGUCAGUGGAUAUAUAUUUUUCUAUGGUUUCUUGUUUGAUUUCUUAAAACCCAACUCGCUCAAACUUGUUACACCAGUGACCUUCUAAACCUUACCUUGUACCAAAAGUGUGACCCAUUUGUGUGUACCUAUUUAAAAGUUACUUAAUUACACAGCAGGUGGCUUCUGCAACUUACAUUUUUUAAGAAGAUUAAACAAGAUAUUAAUGUUUUAUUCUUAGUUGUUGGCAAUGUCAAGUUUUUUUUGUCACCCCAUAUCUCUCAUUCAUGUUUUGGUUUUUGUUAUAUUGUUUUAAGGGAAUUUUCUUUAAAACUGUAAAACAGUAACAGUAAAUUUUUCUUUAAUGACAAGUUUUCUGGUUUGAAGACCAAAAAAAUUGGUUACUUUUAUGAAAGAAGGUUAACGUUCAUACUAAAUUGGUUAAUUCUAUCCACCUAAACAACAAAAGGAAUGAUGUAGUGUUUUCUUGUAUUUUAAAGAACCUAAGUAUAUAUUAACAAGCACCUUAUACUUCACAGUUAUCAGUGAUAUUGUCUUUAAGUUUGAAAGUGUUUCAGAUUACAGAAAAUUUCUCUGUAAAAAGACAGAAAUUCAGCAUUCCAAUACGGGGUUUCAGUCAGAGCUCUUAUAGAUAUUAAGAACUAUUUUCAUUUUAAUUUAUUUCUUUUGCAAUAAAAUUACAUUUAAUAUUCUAUAUGGAAAGUAAGAAAGAGAUAGAAUUUAGACAAGAGAGAUAGAUAAACUUAAUUUAAUAUAGUAAACACAUGUCAGAAAUAGUCUGACAUCUUCAACAAUUAUGUGAUAUAUUUCAUUUCAUUAUUUAUGUGAUAUUUUCACAAUAUUUACCUGUCUGGAAAUUAUGCCAAUGUGAUUGAAAGGAGCUAAAUAAUAUAGGGAAUUUCUUCGAUUGGGCCAACAGCACAUUACAAAUUUUUUGUUUGUUUGUUUGUUUAUGCGAGUUGUUUUGCUUCUGAUAGCCUUUAAUGUUUUUGCCAGGCCCGUCAAUUUGCAUUCUUAUGUAUUAGUAGCAAAGCACAAAUGUAGUUCUUGUUUAGGUUUACUAUAGAAGUGAAUAGAUCAUGCCUUGUGUUUGUUAUCAUGGUGUCAAUGUUCGAUUGUUCUGUUUUAGAGAAAAAUUAAAACAGUCCCAUUGUAAAUUCAUCCUCAGUCGAAACUUUGCCACAAUUUUUGUACUUUUUUAAACACAUUUUUCAAGGUGCUAAUUGGAUAUUUUUUGUAUUGAAGACAAUGUUAUCCUCCUCAGUAUUGCUUCUGUUACAAAAGAAUUGAUCAUUAAUAUCAAAGACCAGUUCAAGUUUGAAUUGCAUUUCCGAACAGUAUUUUAUCACAAGUUUCUUGCAGCUUUUGUAAAUUCUUUAUAUCAUAUCUAAGGCUUCCCCUUUUGCCUAUAAAGUUAUAAAACACUUACGAGGUCAAAUAGCCUUGUAGCUUGUUGCUUUAGGUUGUUUAGUCCUGUGUUAAAUCAGGUUAUGGUGUUUGUAGAAUUAGUGCUUUUGGCAGAUCAUUUUUUGUUUAUAAUUGUAAAGGGUAAAAUUUUGAUGCAGAAGAUAGUUCAAAUUUCAUUAAAGAUAGAAGUGCAAGUUGCUGCAGCUUUGGACUUUUUGUUGCAAAUUUUAUUUAACCUUGUGCAAGUAGGAGAAGACGCUAGACAGUAUAAUGUAGACAUUGCUGCAUGUUGUCAUAUGUCCAUUUCCUCCUAAUUUUUUUCAUACAGAGAGCUUCUGUGCAAUAUAAUGCUAAGGCGGCUGUGGGUUGUGUUCAUUUAUUAGUGGAAGACCAAGUAUUGAUUGUCAUGAUGUGUAUUGUUUUCUAUGUCCAGUAGAACUGGCUCUAAUCAGUUGAAAUGAUAAUUUUGUAAUACAAAAAAAGACUGUAAUAUUCCAAACAGUUUUUAAUGAAAAAAUA